GAAUGAAGAUCCAGAGAAGUGGGCUAAUUUAAGAGCAGUCUUGAAGGUUGGAGCAAGUGGUGCUUCUGUUCUAACCACUACUCGUCUUGAAAAGGUUGGAUCAAUUAUGGGAACAUUGCAACCAUAUGAAUUGUCAAAUCUGUCUCAAGACGACUGUUGGUUGUUGUUCAUACAACGUGCAUUUAGACAUCAAGAAGAAAUAAGUCCUAACCUUGUGGCUAUCGGAAAGGAGAUUGUGAAAAAAAGUGGUGGUGUGCCUCUAGCAGCCAAGACUCUUGGAGGUCUUUUGCGCUUCAAGAGAGAAGAAAGAGAAUGGGAACAUGUGAGAGAUAGUGAGAUUUGGAAUUUACCUCAAGAUGAAAUGUCUAUUUUGCCUGCCCUAAGGCUUAGUUAUCAACAUCUUCCACUUGAUUUGAGACAAUGCUUUGCGUAUUGUGCAGUAUUCCCAAAGGACACCAAAAUGGAAAAAAAGAAUGUAAUCUCUCUCUGGAUGGCACAUGGCUUUCUUUUAUCGAGAAGAAACUUGGAGCUAGAGGAUGUGGGUAAUGAAGCAUGGAAUGAAUUAUACUUGAGGUCUUUUUUCCAAGAGAUUGAAGUUAGAUAUGGUAAUACUUAUUUCAAGAUGCAUGAUCUCAUCCAUGAUUUGGCAACAUCUCUGUUUUCAGCAAACACAUCAAGCAGCAAUAUCCGCCAAAUAAUUAUAAAAGAUUACCCACAUAUGAUGUCGAUUGGUUUCGCAAAAGUGGUGUCUUCUUACUCUCGUUCUCACUUGCAAAAGUUUGUCUCGUUGAGGGUGCUUAAUCUAAGUGGCUUACCACUUAAGCAGUUACCGUCUUCCAUUGGAGAUCUAUCUUCCAAAGCAGUUAUGCAAGCUUCAAAAUCUGCAAACUCUUGA